AUGGAGAAAGUCAAUCGCACGUUGGUGACUGAAUUUGUUUUCCUGAGAUUUUCUAACUCCCCACAUCUUCAGGUGCUCUUCUUCUCCCUCUUCCUCCUGGUCUACCUCUUGUCCUUGGUAGGCAAUGUGCUUAUUGUGCUCCUGGUGGCCCUGGAUGGGCACCUCCACACUCCCAUGUACUUCUUCAUCUGCAAUCUCUCCUUGGUAGAGCUCUGGUACACCACAGUCACUGUGCCCAAGAUGUUGGCCAACUUUCUAAGUUCCCAAGGGGUCAUCUCAGUUCCCAGCUGCAUCACUCAGUACUACUUCUUCUUCUCCUUGGCUGCCACUGAGCUCUUCAUCCUCACCACAAUGGCCUUUGACCGCUAUGCUGCCAUUUGUCGCCCACUCCACUACCCACUGUUGUUCAGUCCCCAAACUUGUGGGACCCUGGCUGGGAUCUGCUGGUCUGUGGGAUUCCUCUGUCCCAUGUUCCCCUCCUUCCUCCUUGCACAAGUCUCUUUCUGCACACCAAACCAGAUCAACCACUUCUUCUGUGAUGCAGAUCAGAUUUUUCGCCUUUCCUGCACAGACACAUACGUCAUCCAAGCAGUGGGAUCCUAG